AUGGCAUCUGCUGCUCGCGAUAUUCAAGCGACCUCUGGCCGAGACAACUUAACUGCUGUAGCGGCCCAGAGCGUCCCUGUGACACGAUCUCACCCUCUUCCCCUCCCCACCCCUCCAAACUCCAUAUCCCCCGGAUUGCGUCCCCACGGGCUGCGCGCCCAGUUCCUCAAGGCGAAACUCGAGUCCGACGUCCCCGACCUGGACCUACACGCCGGCCAGGGCGACAACAGCGCCCAGUUUGAUACUGGCGCUCACGGCGUCCCCGGCCCGGCCCAGCACGACCCCUUCGGCGCCAUCACGCCCGCCCUGCUGGCCAAGCAUCACCUGCCCGACAUCCUGCUGAACCACGGCCCGCUUGCGAUACGGCACAUCACCGGUUACCUGACCACGUCGGUCCCUGGCUUCGCAGGCAUUCCACCAGCAAAGGCGCGACGGCUCGUUGUGGGGGCAUUGGAGGGACGAGGAAGUGGCCGCGAGGGCGGCGGUUUGGACGGCGACGUGGUAUUCGAAAAGGUGGGCUGGGGUCGGUGGGACGCCCGGCGCAGGGGUCAAGCCCGGCGCGACUCGCAGGCCAUGCAGGACGCGUCUUCGCCGUUCAUGUCUUCGCCAUCCCUGUCGGGCAUCCCCAUAGCAGGGGGAGCGGCGUGGAGCAACGAGCGGACGCGUCCGGCCGCGUCGAGCCCGGAGGAAUCCCUAGCCUUCUCCCACGACGAUCGUGGGUUCUACACGCACGACAACGACGCGGACAACAUGUCGAUGGAUGGCCCCGCCUCUGCGUCAUGCUCCGAGGCCCCGGACGACGAAGACGAUGACGUCGUGAUGAACGACGAUGACCCCGACGACGUGACCGACGAGGAGGACUGGGCUGCCAUCGGGGCGGCAGGCCUCCGCGCUCAGUCCUAUUCAAGGUCGGCCCAAGCCCAGCCGGGGACUUUCCCCUCUCGUUUCCACACAACAUCCUCCGGCAUGGCUCGGGCACCUCAGUUGAACAACAUCGACUUCGCUGCACUGGCGGCAACCUCUGACGCGCAGGAGCGGGAGGCCAUCGAGGCCUUGAUCCGCCUCGGUUCUGUAUAA